CCUGCCUUCCAUCUGCCUGCAUCGUCUCUAUCCUUCUCCCGUCAUGCCGUCGCUUGACGAACCCACACAGCCCCGGACGUUGCGGGUGUAUCCACUCGAGGGCGUCCGCUUCCUGAUCGAACACCCCAAACUGUGGAGGAACUUUCUCGUUCGGGUGUCAACGACAUGCUUUGUCUCGCUGCUGGCCACCAUCCUGCUGUUCACACUGGCCAUGCCAGCGCAGGCUGCUGCUCUCGAACGUGCCAUCUCUCAAACAUGGGCGUGCUGGCUCAUUGCCGUGCUGCUGACGAUAUUCGAGUCGGCGGCGUUUGUUCUUGUCUGGUCUUAUAUCGUCCUGCCGCUGACGCUCGAUCGGCUCUUUGACGACGUCCUGCGCUUGCGAGGACAUGGUGAUCUCGUUGAUUCAAGAGUCACUUCGCAUCGUCAAGUUUAUCUGCGGUUCCGCCAUCGAGAAGCAUCGAAGCGCAUUCAACAGGCCGUCAACGGCUUUGUGGUGGCUCUGACGCUGCCCGUGAACCUGAUCCCGAUCGCCGGUCAAGUAGUUUUCUAUGGUGUCAAUGGAUAUCUCGCGGCCUGGUCUCUGCACCUCCACUACUUUGAUCUGAAGGGCUGUACCUUCCAAGAGGGCGUCGAAUAUGUUCAGAGCCACAAGGCCCGGUACGUCGCUUUUGGCGUGUGGAGCAUCGUCACCGGCAGCAUCCCGGUGCUGUCGUGGUUCUUCGUAUUCACCAACACCAUUGCCGCUGCCGUCUGGGCCGCCGAUCUGGAGGAUGCUGGGCUGGGCCCGAAGAGCCAGGAGCUGGUGGAUGCGAGCUGAAUGCUGCCGGACAGAGCCUGCAUAUGCGAUGAAUUGGUCCCGGUGUGGGCGUUUGUGAGCCGCCUGGAGCUCCAGACGAUCCCCGGAGCCGAUCAACAAGAUUGGCAGCUGGUCACCCAGCUCUAUGGCAAGCAAAUGCACCGCUGAUCCAGGUUGGCAGGAUGCGUCGCCUUCUGGUGGGUCAAUGCCACCGACUGGAUGCUGGACAGAGGGCCGCAUCGAGGGGAUGCAUUAGUGACGCAUAGAUCCGAGCUCUGGCCGAAUAGAGACCCACAUCCCUCCCGUUCCCGCA